UCAUGGUCGCUUAUCCCCAAAGGCUUCUCUUCAAUUCAUCCAUUCAUCUUAUGCCCUUCAGUGGCUAUUGAGAGUGCCGCCACAAGUAACAGAAAGAAAGAUCUUCCACUUGGAACAAGGGGAGGAUUCACACAGCAGACACGCCACAAGACGUCGUGGAGGCUUACCACGAGCAAUUUGUGAAUGACAAGGAGAUUUUCUCGAAUGCUAGAGCUGCAGAGCUUGGGGCUGGAGGACUAAUGGCCAUUCUCAUUCCAAGCACACCGCCUUGCUCGAAAUCCAUUGUCGACUUGCUAGUGCAGCUUCUGGAAUCUGCUCUCAUGGAUCUCGUGAGCUUGGGACUGCUCUCUGAAGAGAAAAUCCACUCAUUCAACUUGCCCCUUUACCAUCCGACUUUGGCGGAGAUGGAGGCCCUGGUGAAGCGAAAUGGGCAUUUCAACAUCGAGAGGAUGAAUCCGCUGGUUCGUCUGCCGCCUAGGGGCAUCUGAAGUGAUGGCCAAUGCGACCGUGAUGCACAUCAGAGCCGGCUGGGAGGGGCUCAUCAAGGCACACUUCGGGAGUGAAAUCGUUCACCCCGUGUUCGAACACUUCCGGAAGAAGGUCAUGGAAUCGUCUAUAUUUGCUAAACCUUCUUAUAGUCGGAAGGCCGAGACUUUCAUCUUCCUGAAGCGCUUGUGAUCAGAUAUGAUACAAGUCAGAGACGGGCUCAAUGCAGGCGUAUCGGGACUCAGGAGCAGCAAGCUUGGUUGAUGCUGGAGGCUGAGCCGAUAGAGAAUCACAUUUUUGUUAAUUUUAAACAGAGCGGACAUGCAAUCUCUUCGUUCGACUAGAGAAAUCGAC